CGAUCAAGGAGCGAUUCGAAAGAGAAGAGCGAGCGAGAUAGAGCUCUGUUGUAUUUGAAACCAGAUAGAAUCGAAGCUAUCCACUGGAAAUAGGGCUUUUGUUCUUCUCAAUCUCCUUCUUGUAGCUUGUGAUUCCUGGAUUACCUGUUUUUGUCAACUUCCAUGGCGGAUGGAUACUGGAAUCAGCAGCGACAGCAUCCUCCUCCUGGUGGUCCUCCGAAACGUCGCCGUUCCGAUUUCGAGGCUCUACCAUCUGCAAUGCCUUCAGGCCAUGAGAUGCACGGUGGUUAUUUUCCACGGGAUGAGGAUCUUGAUGUUCCCGAUACUAGAACUAUUGGGUCUGCUUAUGAUCGCUACCUACAAAGCGUGGUGCAAACACCUUCUAUGCAAUCUGGAGAAGCAGGUCAUCGUAAUGGUGUAGCCAUUGGAAGAACAGGAGGUAACGGGCAAUCAAUGGGUGAGUUUAUGAUGAGACGUGGUGGAGUUCUCCCUCCAGACCACGGUCCAGAUGGUCGUGCUUUGGGUUUUGAUCCACAAGAAUCUGUUGAUAGGCGUAACCGUGAACCACUUCCUCUACCUCCAGAUGCAUCCAACACUCUAUAUGUUGAAGGACUUCCUUCUAAUUGCUCAAGGAGGGAAGUAGCUCGUAUCCUAUUUCAUGACAAGUUUUCUUUUUUUCCUUUUCUCGAAACUAACCUUAACGGAAACUAUCUUCUCUCCACUUUCCUUAACCGAGGUCUAGAUAUAUUUCGACCUUUUGUAGGAUAUAGAGAAGUGAGACUUGUGACCAAAGACUCAAAACAUCGGAACGGAGAUCCUAUUGUUCUUUGCUUUGUUGAUUUUACAAACCCUGCCUGUGCAGCGACUGCUCUGAGCACCUUACAAGGCUAUCGAAUGGAUGAGAGUGAGCCUGAUUCGAAGUUCUUACGGCUCCAAUUUUCAAGAAAACCAGGUUCAAGACCAGGACAACGAGGAAGAAGGUAAUGACUCAGGGACAUUGAGGUACAUCAACCAAAUGAAUUUAUUGUUUCUCGUCGGCUGGUUUUAACGGAAAGAGCCAUCCUCGUUCAAGUAGAAACUCAAUGAAACCGAACAUUACAUCACUUGUUGUAUCGUUGAAGCUACCUGAAUCCUGAGAAACAAAGAUGCGUGGAGAGUGUAGAAUCUGAGGUGAUAGAACCUUAAAAUGCUAUUUUCACACAUAUAAUAUAUAUAUAUAUAUAUAUAUAUAUGUAUAUUAUUUUUGUUCCCUCCUUCUGUUAUAAAGUUGUGUUGUCGAUAUCAAAAUGUUUAUUACAAAAAGCUUGGUUUAAUAGAAUUUUAUACGAAGAGGAUUUUCUA